GACGGCCGACGACAUCAGUGACAUCAACGCGGAGGUCUACAAGGAGAUCGGCGCCAUCGAGCGCACCGACGUGAUGCAGGAGCUGAUGAAGCGGUUCAACGUAUCGACGAUCCGAGAAGUCGAGCGCGCACGCGUCAGCCUGGGCCACCCUUCGAAUGCAGCGCAUGCGGGUGUCCCGGCGGAGUGGAUCCAGUGCGCCAGGUUCUUCCAGUGCGAGAUCUGCCUAGGCAGGCACAGGCCCCGAGCAGUUCGUGUCGCAGUGCUGCCGAAGGCCACGAGGUUCAACGAGGUGGUCUGCACCGACGUGUACUACAUCACGUGGGAGAAGAGGGAGAGGAAUAUCCGGGCCAUCAUGGACGAGUUUACACGCUACGCGGUCGACUACCCAAUCUCGAAGAAGACGUUCUUGAAGGAGACGAAGCUAUGGGAGAAGCUCUGGAUCAGUUGGGAUGACCGCCGGCCAGCGGAGCGCCCCGACGAACGCGUGCGGGUUCUCGCCCGCGGCGCUGGUGCCGGGGCGCAGCCCAAGAUCCCGGGCGCCCGCUGCGAAGAGGACUUCGGCCUGUCGGAGCAGGCUGCGCCGGUUGACCCCGAGAGCGAGGUGCGCGAGAUGAUGAUCAGGAGGGCGGUCGCCGCCACAGCCUUCAUCGAGGCCAACUGCCCGCGCGCCGCGCGAGCGGCGCUGCUGGCGCGCAGCAGGCCGACGAGGAGGAACUGCGAGAUCGGCGAGCAGGUCUACUUCUGGCGACCAGAGCAGACGCAGGGGCUGGAGAAAUACCACUGGCACGCCCCAGCUCUGGCGGUAGCAGUUGAGGCGAAGGUCAACGAGGACAACGCGAUGCACGCCUCAGUGGUGUGGGCGACGCACGGAUGCACGAUCCUUCGAUGCACCGUGGAGCAGCUUCGCCCCGAGCUGCCAGGCGAGGCCCGCGAGCGUGAAGGACGCAGCGAGGACCUCGACAGCCCGCUCAGCACGAUCGAGAAGCUCAAGCGCGUGCCCAUGCGGACGAAGGGGACCUGCAACUACUGGGACCUCGCCGAGGAGGGGCGCUUGCCCCGCUACGACGACAGCCUGGACGACAUGGGCGAGCAGCAUCAGCCCAGCGCCCAGGCGCCCAUGGAGACGGACGAGACCGACGGACCGACAGGAGCAGCUGCCGCGGCGGCUCCUGGAUAUCCUCAGCCGACGACGCCUCGCGAGGAGGAGGGCGACGGGCCAGCGGCGGCCAGUGCCGGCGCGUCUGGCAGCGCGGAGCAGGGGCCUAGCAGAUUCCACGUCGCGGCGAUGACUAAGAGGAGCGUCGAGGAGGCUGAGAAGCUGGAAGGCGCCCCGCUGGCCAAGCGCGCCCGCCUGUCGCGGGCGAAGCUUGCCCCGCAGAGCGAGGGGGCUGCGCUCGCCGAUCGGGUGGGCGAAGAGAUUGCGCUGCUUGAAGAGUCCACCGAGACGGUCUGCACGCUGGCCUCCGAGAGGGAAGCCCCCGCCAUCGCGGAGGGGGGGCUUGCGCCCGAGGGGAAGGGCCAGUCCUACGCGGCGCAGCGGGGGGACCUCGAGGUGGGGGAUGGGCAGAGUGUGGCCAACGCGCGUGCGCUCUACCAGAGGAAAUGCAGGCUGUUCACCGCGGAUGCGAAGUCCGUUUUCUCGCGGGCCGAGGGCGCGAGCGCGCGCGGCCUCGAGCCGCGCGCGAGCCCGACGAAGGAGAUGAGCGAGAUGCUCUCACACCAAAUCGGCCUGCAACCUGGACAGUUGCCCAAGAUGAUCAAGCCGCGCUUCGGUGACCCGCGGUCGCCCCAGCUCUGGCGCAACCGCUCCGACGAAGUCGCGAGGGAGAUCGGGCUCAGCAACAUCGAGCUCGAGGAUUGCCUGCUGUUGCCCCUGCGCCCGGCGAAGGUCGAGGACGACCCGUUCGACGCGCGCAGCCUCGAGGGCCAGACCUACGCGGUGGGCGGCCCAAUCGGCGGGCGCGCGGGCAACUUCGUCGGUUGCGGCGAGGGCGCGACGCGCAAACAGAACCUCUACGCGAAGCUCGACGACACCGAGUGUCUCCAGGCGCGGCUAAGGGCGCUCGACGAGAAGUUCAAGCUCGGCAAGUGGGAUUUCGGGCCGAGUCUGAUCUUCGCUGGAGGCGAAGUGGAGCAGUCCCUAAUCACCUACAGCGUGACCCUCAAGUUCGAGAAGUACAUGCACGCGGUGAAACCCAUCACCGUCGAGAAGCACCGGAGAGCUGAUCCCACGAGUGCGUUGUCGCCGAAGGAGCUUGCGAACUUCAAGAUCCUGAACUGCCAGUUGCAAUGGCCGGCAGCCCAAGGAGGGAUCAUAGCAGCGGCUGCCGUGUCAUUCAGAGCUUCGGCCACAGGACGAGUGACCGUGCAGGACUUGCUGGGCGCGAACAAGGAUCUGCUCUUUCUGAAGGCCAACGCGGACGUAGGGCUGUGCUUCGGGUUCGACAAGGCCUGGGGCGACCAGAGAGUUGGCAGCUACACUGGCUACGCGAUCUUCAUCGGACCCGCGGACGAGCUCAAUGCCGGAACCCCAGCGCCUUCCGUGGUCACGGAGUGGGCCUCGAAGAAACUACAAUGGUCGCGCAGGGGCUCGCUGUCAGCGGAGGCCCAGGCAGCAGCUUUGGGCGCGGACUCGUUGAUGUGGGUGAAGGUCUACCUGGCGUGGAGCUUGCGACCCGACCUGGAGGUCGACGAAACGAUGGUGUACCUCGGAAAGUCGCCGUUCAUCACGGACGCGAAGUGCCUGCACGACGCGUCGCGUUCAGCGACGGCAGGCCUGGGCAUCGCAGAGAAGAGGACGGCCAUCGAAGUGGAGAUCGUGAGCGAGCAGAUGACGGAGAUAGGCGCCACCUGGAAGUGGGUGAACACGAAGCAGCAGAUGGCGGACGGGCUUACAAAGCUCUCGGCCCGCCAGACGAUGGCAGACGUGCUACGCCGUGGAGUGCACGCGUUGCGGGCGAUGGAGCAACGCGAGAAGGAGCUGGACGACGCUGGCGAGGCACUGCAAGAUGCCCUCGAGACGACGCCUGCGACAAAGGCGAAGGGAGACAGCGAAGGCCAAUGGCAAGCGCAAUUUUGCGCAAGUGGAGCGAAGCUGGCUACGGCACUGGCAGCUAGCGAAGGCGGCAGCGCGGCAGGACAGGCGAUGCAGUAUACGCCCAGCGACGUCGAGCUGUUCAACCCACCGACGCCAGCCGACUGGAACGACCUGGUCAUGAAGAUGAUGGUUUUCGAGUUCGUGAGGGGAGAUGUUGUGGCAUUCGAUUGCGGGUUUCGUGCUGGGGUGUGGUGGGCCCUCUUGACCAAGCAGCUCGAGCAUGACACGAAGACCGAGAAGACGCGGGAACCCGAGACAAAACCAAUGCCCGUCAAGGUCAAGACGACCGUGACUGGGACCGACCCGAAGCCGACGAACCGGAAGAAGGUACGCAGCAUGCUCGUCCAGUCGCAGUGUCGCUACAAUCUGGCUCUCAGCACGCCGAAUUUCCAGCCGCUGCCCGAGUACGCUCAUGGAAACCUGUCUGGCAGGAUGGUCGGCGAAGCCGACAGGUGGACGAUGGCCAGCAAGGCCGACGAGAGCAAGUUGGUCGGCAGAGACCGACUCGUGACUGAGUGCUCCGAGGAGGACACCAUUUCCAUGUUUCUGCCCAAGGAGGUCGACCGAUCGCCGGGUGCGUUGGCAAAUUAA